AUGGGUUGCUGCCUGUCCAGCACGGCAGUGGAGCCGUCGUCCUCGUCAUCACUCCAUGCCGCCACGUCAUCAUCUCUCCCCCCUCACAAGCUCGUCAAGGACCCCAUGCUGACGUCAGCGACCAAGGUGGGCCCGGAAGGUUCCUUGGAAGCUCAUUACAAGCUUCUGGGCAACACGCUGGGGUGCGGCCGCGUGGCCUCUGUCAGGGAGGCAGUGGAGCGGGCAACGGGGGCGGUGGUGGCGGUGAAGGCAUGUUCCAAGAAGGUUCUUGGAGCACGCCCCGCAUACAUCAGCCGCGUCAGUGCUGCUCUCUCGCCCACCGCGCCCAUGCCACCCAUCACUCCUGCAUCUGCCAAUCUCUGCUUUCUCCUCCUUACGUCACUCACCCUUGCUGCUCCUUCUGACCCCUACCCUAACGUCUCUGCAUUGCCCCCAAAGAACCCACCCCGUCAUGCUCUCCCCCCCGUGCGUCCCCCUUCUUCCCUGUGCCUCUCCCCUCACCUCUUCCUUGCCAUCUCUGCACUUGACCGCUGCGCCUCACCGCUGCGCGCGCCGUCAGACCAUCGAGAUCGAGGCCCUGCAGCGGGUGAGCUUGCUCCCUGCCUCGCCCUCAUCUCAUUCUUCUCGCUUUCGAUCGACCCACCUCAUCUAUGGGCAGCGCCAGCACCGGCAUCGCCGCCCAUAAUCCGCCUGCUGGCAACGCACGAGGACAGCCGGCACCUGCACAUCGUCACGGACAAGGCCCAGGGCGGCGACCUCUUCAUGGCCCUCGCUGCACGCUGCUCCUUCACUGAAGCCGAUGCCGCUCACAUCGCAUGGCAGCUGCUGCAGGCGGUGGUUCUGUGCCAUGAGCGGAGAGAGGUAUGGGAGGCGCUGCAGUGUGCAGAGUGCUGUGUGCGCGCCCUUCAUCCAUCCCCUGCCACACGUUCCCCCCGUCACCAUCAUCCCCGCGCCCUCCUCCCCCAAGCAGCGCGGCAGCUGCUGCAGGCGGUGGCGCUGUGCCAUGCGCGGGGCGUCACCCACCGCGACCUGGUGAGCACCUGCCUGCCCGGGGGGCGGGCUGGGGUGACCCACCACCUGCCCUCGUUGCACACCCGUCCGCUCUCUCAUCCCCUGCGACCCGUUUUGGUGUGGCAGAAGCCGGAGAACAUCCUGCUGUCGGACGCGCACUCGCUCACCAUCAAGCUCGUUGACUUCGGCAGCGCCGCGCUCUUCCACCCCACGCACGCCCCAACCAUUGCCAACAGCACCACCAGUACGAGCGAGGCAGUGCCGGGCGCAGAGGGCGCGGUGGUGCUGCGGGACUUCAUGGGCACGGCAUUCUACGCCGCGCCUGAGGUGUGGCAACAUGCGUACGGCCCCCAGGCGGACGUGUGGAGUGCGGGAGCCGUGGUGGCCGUGCUGCUCACCGGGCCGCCCCCCAGUGGACUCACCCGCGCCACCGUGCACUCCAAUGCCACGUGGCAGGCCAUGCAGAAAGGAAUAGUUCCAACUUUACCCUCGGAAACCUCGCCAGCAGCGCAGUCGUUCCUGCGUGCCCUGUUGGAGCCCGACCCCUGGCAGCGCCCCACGGCCGCCCACGCACUGCUCCACCCGUGGCUGGCCGGCACUGCUGAGGGCGUUGCAGCUGCCGUUGCAGGGGACACGACACAGCCGGCUGUGGCGGCGACUGGUGCUUCCCUGGCGCGGGCAUCACCCCUGGUUGCAGCGCCCCUCACCGCCCUGCCUGGAGUGGGCGCAGAGGAGGCGAGCGCGGGAGAGAGAGUGAGUGGGGCUGCGGCAGAGAUGCAGAAGGAGGGGACAGGGAAGGCAGGCGAGGAGGACAGGGAGAGGAGCGCGAGGGACGAGGAGAGAGGGGAGAGGAACGGGGAGAUGGCAGCAAGGCGGGUGGGGCAGAAGGAAGAAGAGAUGUUAUGGAAGGGGCGGGCACAGGGAGGGGCGGCAGCAGAGGGGCGAGUGAGGGGAGGCGUGCAGCUGGAGGGGUCGCUGCGAGGCUUCCGCCUGUACGCAGCUACCAGGAAGCUUCAGCGCGCGUGCGUUGCCCUGCUGUCGCUGGAGCUCAGCGAAUCGGAGUUUCGACAGCUCGUGCGCCACCUGGCGAGUGCCACAUCAGCACCGGGCACGUCACUGGAGGCAGUGAGCGAAUCAGGUGGGACUGUGGAGGGGCAGAGCGAUGACAGGGGUGAGCAGCAGCAGCAGCAGCAGCAGCAGAAGCAGCAGCACCCCCCUUCAGCCAUGCUGUCGCUGCCAGCACUGCUGGCGAGUCUAGACGCACUGGGGCACGAGCGGUUGUCACAGCAGCUCAUGGGCGUGCACAGCAGCGUCAUGGCGCACAGCAUGCUGGCUCACGUGCUUCCCACUGUGACGCUGCAGGCAGGAGCGGUGCACAGCGGUGCCAGCGCUGCUGGUAGCAGUGCAGCGGGCGGGGAAAGCGAGAGGGAGGGUUGCGUGCGAGGUGGUUCUGGGCUUAUGAAGGGAGGCGAGGGGGAGAAGGGAGGAGAGGGUGGCGGCAGUGUGCAUGGCGGCAGCCUUCACGGCUCACGGCGGUUCGUCAGUGCGAUCAGAGCGAGGGAGGGCGAGCAGCACGAGGGGGGCGGCAGCCAGCACGGCUCACGGCGCUUCUUUGGCCUCUUUGGGGGUAGGGAGCAGGAAGAGGCGAGUAGCAGGGCGGGCGGCAGCCAGCACGGGUCACGGCGAUUCUUCACCAUGAUGCCUGGCAGCGGGGCGCCCAGCCCGGCAGCAGCAGGCGCGCCCAGCCCCGGAGGCAGCCUGCGCGGAAGCUUCCGCAUGGCCAGGCGCCUGGGGCUGCUGAGGACGGGUGGGGAGGAGGGCGAGGGCGAGGAGGAGGACAUGGCGAGUCCCGGUGCGGAUGGUGAUGUGGUGGGUGCCAUGGGUGGAAUGGGCGCUCGCAGUGCAGCCCCGCUGGCCCUGAGAGGGCCACUGUCUCCGCGCUCGCCGUCCGCCAGCACGCACAGCGACAACGCUGGUGGCUGGGCGCGACGACUCAACGCCCGCGCCAGUGCGGGCGGUGCCGGGAUGACGUGGCAGUCACCCGUUGGCCAAAGGAAGAGCCCUCUGGCCCUGGGUGUCUCGCCCCAGUCAGGUGGGCGGCAGCAGGGGCUAGGGGCGGUGGGGGGCGGUGCAAGCAAUGGUGCUACCACACUGCCUGCUGCUGCUAGUGCUGGGGCGGGUCAUGUGGAUCGCGGCGGGUUACCGGGUGUGGUGGGCAUGUUGAGCUGCCAGCGCGUGCAGUCGUGUGUGGACCUGGCGGCCAUGGGUGGCGCUGCUGGGGAUGAGUCAAGCCCCGCUGCACGCAAUGGCGGUUCCAGAGGGUGGGGGAGGGGGAGGGGGAAGGGGGGUUUCUGGGGCCCGGUGAAAGGGGGGGUGCAGGGAGGCACAUCGGUGCACGGAGAGUGCUUGUACAGGGAGUUUCUGCUCAGCGAGUGCACACCUUGA